CAAACACACAAGCACCCACCUAGCAACACAAGCUAGCUCGGAGCCUGUCAACACACCACACUUGAAGCUAGCUAGCAAUAGCAAUGGCUCCUCCAUCGUCCAAGCUUGCCCUGUUGUUCCUUGCCCUGACCGUCCUCUCCUUCGCGGCGGCAGUGCACGGCUGCGAGUCGUACUGCCCUACCCCUACCCCUCCGGUCGUCCCUACCCCUACCCCGCCGGUGGUGCCGACACCGUCCGGCGGCGGGUCCUGCCCGAUCAACGCGCUGAAGCUGAACGUGUGCGCCAACGUGCUCAACCUGCUCAAGAUCGGCUUGCCCCUGGCGAACGACGAGUGCUGCCCGCUGCUGCAGGGGCUGACCGACCUUGACGCCGCCGUCUGCCUCUGCACCGCCAUCAAGGCCAACAUCCUCGGCAUCAACCUCAACGUGCUCAUUGACCUCACCCUCCUCCUCAACCACUGCGGCAAGAUCUGCCCCGCUGACUUCACCUGCCCCAUAUAGUUACUCCACGUGUCCACGCAUCAUCAUCCAACAUCUUCUCGAUCGAUCUCACCUACAAAUAAUACUACAUAUGCAUACUCUAGUGUCAUCUGCAUGCAUGGGUUCCCUCGGUACCUCGUGCAUGCAUGCAUGUCAUGAAACCCCUAGGUACGUCUACAUAAUGUUGUACGCCCUUUUACUUGUGUCCUCUGUGCUUCCAAAUGAUCACUCGGGAGCUUGUACGAUGCAAACUGCUGUUGUUCUCUAACGUACAUACAAACAUGUGUGUUUGUAUGCGUGAAAUAAAAGUAUAGACAUGUUGUGUUGA